AAAAGGCAUAGUACUGUAAUUGCCACCAUAGACAUCUUUCCAGUUGUACAUUUGAGGAUUAACUAUUAACCUUCUUCUUCACCUAAAAAACAUGUUUUUUUAAGAAACAAAAUCUUGUUUACUCUAAAAAAAAAAAACUUCAUGUACAGAGCAGUCUAGCAGAAUCUUGAAAAAUUCUCCAAGAAUCAAGAAUGUCAACUUCGGAUGUUGCUUCCAUGAGAAGCCUAAGUGAAAUUUCUGAGGAAGAAACUGUACGGUUGAGUAUCGAUCUUGUAGCUGCUGCAAGACGAAAUCUUGGGUUCUUGAGACUUGUAACAGAGUCUCAAUGGCUUCAAGAAAGACCCAACAUUCUUGAAUCUAUUAGAAGGUAUGAUCAGCUAUGGAUGCCAUUGAUUUCUGAUCUUUCUAAUGGGUCAAACCCUCCAAUGAUUCUUCCUCCUCUUGAUAUUGAAUGGGUUUGGUACUGUCACACCUUAAAUCCGGUCAGUUACAGACAAUACUGUGAAUCAAGAUUCUCUAAACUUAUUGGAAAGGCAGCUAUUUUCAAUGAAGAAAAUGAAGAGUAUGCAUUAAACAGAUGCAAAGGAAUUUGGGUCCAGAGAUAUCCAACAGAGCCUUUUGAGAAUGAAUCUGAUGACUCCAAUUUGCAGAACCCAGUUUCCACUGUUCAUGAAGAACUGCUGAAAGAAGUAUCCAAACAAAGACUUUGUUUAUACACUAAAUUUUCUGAGCCUUACUAUUCAGAGAUUGUGUAUCUGAUGGCAGCUCGACAACGGUAUAAGGGCUUUCUGUAUAUGAUGCUUAAAUUUGCAGAUAGUUGUUCUGUUUUGGUCCCUACUUCAGAUAUUCUUCUAAUGUGGAUCACUCAUCAGAGUUAUCCUACUGCAUACACUUUAGACACAAAGGGGUUGGAGGAGGAAAUGAGAAAAGUAGUUGGAGGAUGGGAGAAUGUGAAGGAAGAAGAUGUUGAGAACACGAAUAAACUAUGGGAAAGAAUAUUUGAUCAGCCAUAUGAGAAAGCUGGUGGCUUGGCCAUUGGAAAGGCUGUUGAUCUCAAGCCACCAAUAUACUGGGAAGUCACAGAUACUGAUGUCAAUGCGAAAUACUCAUCCAUGUUACCGCGAUUCUUGCUUGAGGUCUGUUUAACAGUGAGGCUAAAACAAAAAAUGAAACCUUUGAGUUGGGAUGCGUCAAAGGAGUUUUUACGUCUUCAGAUGGUUAGAUGUCACAGGGAGCUCAAAAUAGAUAGACCACUCAGCAAAUUUACGUCUCAAAGGUGGCAAAAAGCCUUGCACCUGUAUUGUGAGUUUGGAACUAAAGGAAUGGUUCUUGAGGUUCGCCAACGUGGUGGUGGCUGCAUCAAAGGAAGUAGCUUGAGAGAGAGUGUAACAUUUCUUUGGAAUGAUUUGUUACGUGCGCCUUCUCUCAAUUUUGCAAAAGAAAUUGACCAAAAAGUCAGGGUAGCUACAUCAAUAACUCCUCCUGUCCAAGCCUCCUACUUGUUGAAAUGUGUACCUGACCGAGUAUCAGAUGAUUCAGGUGCUAUGAUAUCUGAUGUUAUUCUGAGGAUGAACCAAUAUCAUCCCCAAGAAGGUAGAUGGUUAUCUCGGACUGUUCUGGAUCAUGCAGGCAGGGAAUGCUUUGUGAUUCGUUUUAGAGUUGGAGGUGGCUUUUGGAGGAGAGGAGCUGAAACUCCUUCAGCUGUAAAAUGGGAGGACCGUAUUAUAGAAAUACGUGAAGGUCGUUGGUCCUAUGUUGCUGGUUCCAUCGGUAGAGUGCCUGAGAAAGUGGUAGGUAUUGCAAAACCAAAAGAUCCACCAGAAGGAUGGCAUGCUCUUUGGAAUCUUUCAACAGGACAUGAGCUAUUAGUACAGUGGGAAUCAUCAAGAUCCACUUCAGGCUUAAAUUUCAGCGUAAUAAACCAGCAAUCAACUGAUUCAGUGGUAAAGUUAUUGGAAGGGCGACAAAUGCAGUACGAAGUCGAGAAAUCUGUCUUAGGUGAGGAGACAGAACAUGUGCCAAAUGAAAAGUUAAAGCAAGUGGAAGACAAAGAAGAAGAUGGAUUCAUAACAGUAGUUAGGUUCUCUGAGGAUAAUCCGGUUGGAAAAGCUACAGCACUUCUUAACUGGAAGUUAAUGGUGGUGGAGUUUUCACCUGAAGAAGAUGCUGUAUUCAUACUUCUUCUUUGCAUGUCAAUUAUCAGAAGCAUAUCAGAAAUGAAAAAGGAAGAUGUAGGAAGCCUGUUGAUUAGAAGAAGAAUAAAAGAAGCAAAGCUUGGUGACAGAGAUUGGGGCUCAGUGGUUGUCCAUGCUUCUUCAUAUUCUCCAUCGAUCUCUUCACCUUACCUUCAGCCUUGGUAUUGGAAUGUGCAAGCAGUGAUGGGAUCGCAAGGUGUAGACAAUAUCCCAAGGCUACAAGCUCCAGUAUUGACUUAUACACCAGCUGAAGGUGGCGACAAGUUGUACAAGCAUGGGAUAAUCAAUUAGGACAAAUUACCAUUUCCUAAUAACACGAAACUGAAGAAGUUUUUCAAGCACAGAUUCUGAAACAGAGUAUGUACACUCCAUCUAAAGUCAUUCUGUUAUAUGGUAUAAGCAUAUCUUACCAGCUCUACCUAGCUGAGUUAAUAAUUAAAAGGGUAACGAGUAUCAUCAUGUCUUCGGUAUACCAAAUGAUUUUAGAAGUCUUAGUUAUGUAUGUGUACAUUAGGCGAGUUGCACCAAAGACUUGAUGCUAGAGGGCACACCCUUGUACAGAAGACGCGGUCUGGGAUAUAAAUAAAGCCUUAAAUCAUUUAUCUAAGAUUAAGUUUGCUUAGCGCGGUUUGACCCGGAUAAACUUAUAAUUUGUUUGGAAGUUCCAGUUGCUCUUUCUUUCUGCA